UGGGACUGUCCCGGUCCAUCAUGGAUUUCUUACCUGGAGCUUUGAUCCUCUUUUCUCUAUUGUGUCCAGCGGUGAGUCAGGCUCCUGUCGUUUCAGUUGAGCCCCGGGCAGCCACUGUGCGCCAGGGGGAGACUGUGAGCUUCAGGUGCAUUGUGGGAAGUGGCCCAGUGUCGAGCUCUGUGCAGUGGAGGAGAACCAAUAACCAGGGAUUAGCAGACAAUGUUAAAGUUGGUCCUGAUGGUUUAGUGUUGACAGUUACGAAUGCUCGACCUGAAAACCAGGGCCAGUACCGAUGUGUGGCGGCCAACUCUGCAGGCCGUGGCACUGCCACAGCUGUGCUCAACGUCAAAUAUCCACCUAAAGUACGGUUAACACCAUCAGGGCCCCUGCGGGUCAGGAUAGGAGACCAUGUUUCAGUGGAGUGUCGAGCCACAGGUCGACCCAAGCCCACGUUGUCUUGGAAACGCCAAGGCUCCACCCUGCAGCUGGUUACCUUAGAGACAAAUGAUGGCAACACCAUACAGUGGCCCACUGUCCGCCCUGAGGACUCUGGAGUGUACAUUUGUCAGGCUGAAAAUAAUGAAGGGGUGGCAGAAGUUAAAAUCAACAUCCUUGUGGAGGGGGGGCCUGGUGCACCGGUGGCUUCAGUGAGUGCCCCAGAAAUGACUGUGAUAGAGGGAAAUACAGUCAUUAUGGAGUGUCAGGCCACAGGCUCUCCUCCACCCGUCAUCACCUGGUCCAAGUUACGAGCACCGUUGCCAUGGAAACACACCAUGGUCGACGGUGUUCUCACUCUGACCAGUGUGGGGCGCCAAGACUCUGGACAAUACAUCUGUAAUGCUACCAACAUACAUGGAUACAGUGAAGCAUACACGCAGAUGGAGGUGGAUACCCCUCCGUAUGCCACCUGUCUGCCUGAACAGGUCAGACUGCAGCCUGGAGAUGCUCUGCUGGUGCAGUGUCUCGCCCAUGGCUCUCAUCCCAUUCAGUUCCAGUGGAGCCGACAGGGCAGAGCCGGUCUGCCCCCAGGAGCAGAGACCACAAAGGAUGGGAAGCUCCUCAUAGCCCACGUCAGACUCGCUGACAGCGGAACGUACAAAUGUGUAGCCACCAAUAACAUCGGCUCCAGUGAGGCCCUGGCCAGAGUCGUCGUAAAAGCUUAAUGAUGGUCACACCAUGUCUCAUUGAACCACCGACAACACGUGAGGCUCACAGCUUCUGCAAGCUCUGAUUGUUGUCACUAACUUUAUGAAAUUUAUGGUAAUGAGGUGUCAGAAAAAUGUAGAUCCAAUAAAUCUAUGUAUUUGAAUGCAGUGACAAAUACCAAUGCUGUUUAAAGUCUGGAAGUUAUUGCAUGUGCAGGGUUAAAGAUGUGUUUUUAUAGUAUAAACUGAUGCUAUUGCGGUUUUCUCAUAUCUGGCUUGAGGAGGGCUUUUCUUUGGAAUUACGACCUUCAGUGUUAAUGGGAGUUUCUCCGCUGGAAUGUCUCUGUUCUUCCUUUUUCCUUUUGGUGUUGUCU